GAUUCGGUGAGGACUGUGGGAACAGAGCAAUGCCAUCAAGAGGCAGAAGGGCAGUCUCUAUCUAUCUGGGUCCAUGUCUCUUCACUGUUCCCACAAGCGUCGUCAGCGCACCGCCUGCUGUUCUACCUCUGGAUUUAAGUCUGCCGGAUUACCGCUCGGAAUCUCACAUCAUUGUUGGAUGCUGCCACGUUUAAAUGGGAGGCAAAGUUGGACCUCCAUGGACUGCACAAAUAGUGACCAACACUUUGAUUUUUCUUGCAUCUCUAAGAGCAUCCUAGCAUUCAAAAUGAUUGCACUUUUCUUGAGUAAAAGUCUUUUUAUAUGCUUAUUCAAAGUAGGACUGUUUUUUGGCAAUAUGACGUUAUGAACUUGGCUGUGGACGGAUUUUUGUUUGGUAUUGGAGAUGUGUGAAAAAAGCAAUAUAUGAUAUACAUCUUCACCCAUUUAAAAGCCAUUUUUGCCAAUAUGUGACUGUAGCACUUUUUUCUUAAUGAUAUAUUAGUGUGACAUUUGUAUGACGCGUCAGUGUGGGGACUGUAUAUUGGACUGCAGGUGAACUUGCAUCCCUCCCAGUUUUUCUAUCUCCAAGGAAACCCUCGCACUAAACUCUUCCCUGUUAACCCAUUUAGGGCUCCCCUGUGGCGGCUUCUCUAAAACCUUUUGUCCUACUCCAGUUUUUGCCGAAAAACAAAAGCCACAGCGGCAAAAGAGGGCACUGCGAAGGAAGACACCCCCCUCCUAAAGUUGAGAGGGGGGUGGGAAGAUGGCAGCUCUCGCCAGCUCACUCAUUAGACAGAAACGGGCGGUCAAGGACGACCAAACCAAUCGACCAGUAGCCAACAAGCGUAAGCCCUGUCCGAAGAGCAACAAGUCCUUGUGCCAGAAACAGAUCUUGGUUCUGAUCUCCAAAGUACGACUAUGUGGGGGUCGCAAAGGUCGCAACGAGAAAAGACCCGAUCCACAGCUGAAAGGCAUUGUUACGCGCUUGUACAGCCAACAUGGAUACUACCUUCAAAUGCAGCCUGAUGGCACCAUGGAUAGUACAAGAGAUGAGAGCAGCUCCUUUUCACAGUUCAACUUAAUUCCAGUAGGACUGCGGAUUGUGGCAAUCCAGGGUGCAAAGACGGGGCUGUAUCUUGCCAUGAAUAGUGAAGGAUACCUCUAUACCUCUGAGAACUUCACUCCGGAGUGUAAGUUCAAGGAGAGUGUGUUUGAGAACUACUAUGUAACAUACUCCUCCAUGCUCUAUCGGCAAACCCAGUCUGGCCGCUCUUGGUAUAUCGGUAUCAACCGGGAUGGCCAUGUCAUGAAGGGGAACCGGGUAAAGAAGAACAAAGGAGCUGCACACUUCCUGCCUAAAGUUAUCGAAGUUGCGAUGUACAAGGAGCCAUCGCUACAUGAGCUCACACCUGAGCCUGUGAGUCCUCUUCGAAAGACCACCAAAACAUCAGAUUCCCCGUCCUUAAAGAAUGGCCGUAAAGAAGCUCCCAAGGCUGAUGCCUCAUAGCACAGGAGACAGAGGGUGGGUCAGAGGGCAACAGUGACACUUGGAACACAGUCACCCAUCAUGCACAGAGGGUGUCUGGGUGAAUGGCCCUCAGGGGCCACCACAUUCCAAAAGAGCACUAUAAGAUGCUGAGGGAUGAAGGGUGAGUAGUACAUCAGCAGCCAAGAGGUGGAGAGAGGAGUCAUCUCCCCCUCGCUUGUCACCGCAGAAUGACAGCCCUGGGCCCUGAGCCAGAACAACGAGCACCCCUCCUUCCUGUGUUUGUCAUCUUCUUAGCCCCUUCUGAUUUCCUAAUGCACAUCCUACCCCAUUUCUGUCAUAAUGGGCUUUCUUUGUCACUUUUACAAUCUUGCCUUUUCUCCCAUGCCAAUGCAGCGCUUUUUUCUAUUGUAAUAUUAUAGUCACCAUUCACACAUUUCUCGAGCGGCCUCGACUUCAUAAUCCCCACCCAUGGGCCCACUCUUGAUCCCUAAAGUUGGUUAUGAUGUCGCACCGCCAGCUUUUCCCCACACCAUCUGCCGACCAGCUCAGCUAAUCAUCAAGGUCAACUAAAGCUCAACAAGAGAUGAAACAGCUCAGAGAGUAACAACGUCAACUGGAAUCCUGGGUCAAGUCAGGUCAGAGCAAGAGGAGGAGAGUGAGGACAGACUAUCAGAUCAAAGUUUAGGUCCUCAGCACUAAAAGCCCCCUCUUCUUAUUACCUUUUUAUUUCAAGAACCCAAUCAAAAUCCAGCUGUGCCAGAUUUCUGUACCAUAGAAACAAAUACAAUAAAAACACUAUUAUUCUAGAGAGUAUCCAUUAAAUGUAAUUAUAAAAGCUAUAAAUCAAUAGGUUUAUGAAUAGGGACAGUCGCUAUCAAGAAAUAAAAAUAAAGGACUGAGACACGAAAAGAGAAUAAGUCACAUCCGCUUCCCAAGCUUUUCUACCCACCAGGUGAUCACUUAUUAUUAGAGAUCUUGCUCAAACGCUACACAUGAAGAACUGGGUCAUAUUUUCAAUCCAGUGUGGAUCAGAAAGCAGUCAUGUGAAAAACGAGCGGAAGUGUAUACUUCACUCGGCAUCUGCUGUCAGCAUAAAGCCGGGUUUGAAGGCAAACAUCAAAGCCAGAGGAGCCUCUGAGCGUGGAGCACUUGUUAUUCUGACGAUGUCUGGCAGCUUAUCCACCCGCUCACUUUAUCAAAUCACCUUGGAAGAAUCACCCUCAAAAAUGUAGCUGUCUGAGUGGAUGUCUUGGUGUGACUGCGCUGUAACCCCUGUGUGUAGAUGUCUUUGACUGUACAGAUACACUUUAUUGUGUGUAAACGAGUGCAAGGGAAUGGAUACUUACUGCAGGUAACCUUAACAGUGUCAUUCAGGAAGAAGCAUGGCACUGUUUCUGCAGUGGAGCAGGCGAUGCAUUGUGUGGAAUCUUAUCACUUUUAAGUUCCUUUUUUAGGCGUGUAUGGUAUUUAAGUUUUGGCGCCUUUUUAGAAUAUAUGCAAAUUUGUGUCGCUCUAGAAAUACAGUAAAGGGGAGCUUUGGGUGGUGACCACUAAAGCAAGAAAAAGAAUGUUAAAAGAACAAUAUUCUGUUAAUGUAAACCAGCAAACAGACAACAGAGCUGUGACGUAGAUUGAAAUAUAAUCAAUAUGGCCAUGAAAAGUACAUUUUACACAGGGAUAGUGUCAAUUUUGAAAUUGUCCAUGUGAAAGAUUUGUAGCUAUAUAGCUUUAAUACAAAAGGCUAUAUAGUAACUGAUAGGGAAAAAAAUAAAAAAAAUAAAAUAAAAAAAAAAAGAAGAAAAAUCUGUCAUGUUUUGGAAACAGUUUUGAAAAUAAAAAGAUAACAUAGCAAUAUUGUGGCAAAAGAAAACAACAGGAGGACACUUUUUUUUCCGUUUUACACAUUAUUACUAUGAUAUCAGUUAUGUGAAGAUUGGAAAAAGAAAGUGUACUGGAGGCUUUAUAUUUUGAGUGUGACAUUUAGUGUGGAGGCUGGUAAUGUUGAAAGACUGGCAUGUGGAAUAUGCCAACAAGGAAUUUUUCCAGUAGGGUAUGCAAGGCUCUUAUCAGGGAUGUAGGAGGCAUGCAGAUAUUAUAAUGAAUGUAAGAAUGUAAGUUAUUUGUCAUGAAGCUUCCUGUUUUGGGGGUUGGGGGCAAGGGGUGUUACUAAUUCCCAAAAUGCAUUGUAUGUGUUUAUACAAAACUUUUUUUUUUUUAUAGCUGUUUAUAACUAUUAUUUGAUAUCAAAAUGAGAGCAGUAUGGAGUACUGUAGAUCUCUCUAAUAGGCUGAUUCAGUUGUCACCCCGUUGACAGUGUCACAAUGUAAUAAUACAGUACAAAAAAUAUUUCUCUACACUUUAAAAAACAGCUCUUAGUGUUUUUCACGCUGAAGAAGGCCCCCGCAAGUUUUCAAGACUGCAGUACACCAAGUUGACAGAAAAGAACAGAGAAUGUUGAAAUAGCCUGAUAUUGUAAGUCAAGUGAAAAUGGAUUUGGUUAAAAGUUUAAAGAAAAUAGUAAGUUGUUAGUAAGUCGAAAGUGCAUGAAACAUUUAAUCACGGGUUAUGAGAGGGCUGUUUGUUAUUGCUUUGGAGAAAAAGAUCUAUUGGGUUUCGGUGUGUGUGUAUGUGGGUCUUUGAUUAAAAGUUAGGUGAGACAAGACAGAGAGAGGAAAAGAGAGAAACAAAGGGCAUGGCAAACAAUGAUCGAUAGAUUCAAUAAAACACAAACAAGAGAAGAGCCAACUUUUGAUGGUUGCAAAAAUUACUCAAAGGUCUGGCGGAGACAGCAAAAUCAUUUUGUUAAAAAAAAAACUCAGAGUUGUGUUUUCUCGGCAUACAUGCUAUCAAGUGGCCAGGUGGGUGAGAACAGACGUUGUCUCAUUUCUGCAGAGCAAUCGAUAUUUGCUUCUGACUAACUGUUUCCUCUGGUUAUAAACAGCUUGAGAGUAAGCAGAUAAACACCCUUUAGCACAUAUGAGUUGAGACUUGAUUUUCAACUCCUGACAAAGGUCAUUUCCAGCACUGGAACUGGUUGAUAUAUAACUUAACUUAUAGUUGUAAAAGCGCACAACCCCACCCCCACCCUACCGCCCCAAAAUAAAUAAAUUAAAUAAAACAUUGUAUCUAUUCGCUCUAGGACACCCCCUACAGUUAUAGCCGUUGUGGUUAAUAUAAAAAAAAAUCUAUAUUUUUUUCACCGAUAAAGGUACGCCUAGAAAACUCAGUAUUUACAGCAACACAUCAAAAGACUUGCGGCAGGCUGGUCCACAAAUACAAAUCUUUAAACCAGAGGUAUUCAAAAGUGGUCUACGGAAGUACUGCAGGGGAAUUGGGAAAUGUUUGGUUGUUCUGGCUUUUUUAUAUUCUUUGCCCCCUUGGCAGUUUUUCAACAAAUGUAAAUGUCUUUAAAGAUACAUUAACAUUGAUCCAGCACACCAACGUAUUAAUGGAGGCAAAAGACAUCACAGAAGGUCUUUCAAGCAAUGCACAAGUUUAUUUACCUGCCCGUCCAACAAAGAUCGCUGCUGUGCCAAUCAUCAUGGUCUUCCAGGUUCCCAGAAGAUUGGCCGAGAGUUCAUUUUCAGGUACCAGCUAGGUUAUGUUUAAAGGGAACCUAUGACCAUUUUAAUCUACAUUUAAAACACUGCCUUGCGGUCUAGAAAACAGUCCCAUUUAUAACACGUUUUUGAGUCUGUCUGCAAGAUGUUUGUUUGUGGAGGCGUUCCCAGAUUACAAAUGAAACCACGGCCCACCCUUUCCAAAAGUAUCUUAAUUUAUCUUUUGAAAAUGUACACUGUUUAAAUAUUUAUCUUGGAGUCGUCACCGCUAUUUAUAUUCCAGACAUAGUCGAAAAGCAACGUCAUAAACAUUGUAUGAAUUUACUCGGUCACAAUAAGUACACCUGCACACUCGUGAUUGAUUCAGAGUUUCAGAAAAAAACAGCUCCUUUUAGCACCAUGUAUGUCCCUGCAUGUCACCUGUCAGUGUUAUUAUGCAUAUGCAAAGAUUAUGUGGAAAUAAUACUUUAUCCUACCUUGUUUAUGUAUUUCCUCACAGUCUGAAGCUGAGCGCUAUACUAGAUGUCCAAACAAGUACGUCCAACUUGCUGUGACUUCACGAAGUAGCCAGACUGCAAGACAACAUGAGCAGAUGCAUCCAAAAGUGUGUGCAAGCUCAAGCCAAAAUACAUUAGCCUUAUGAUUUCACCGUUUGGCAGUGUUUAACACGGGUAUUCACAUUCACAGUGUAAUAACAUUUAGAAGUCAGAAAAUCAUCAACAAAAAUCAUCAUAGGUGUCAUUUAAGUGUGUGCACCAGAAAAAAUAUUGUUUUGUACCUCAACAAAAAAACACAAGCAGAGAAGGGAAAAGCCUACCCUGCAGAUCAGAAACCACAAGUUAACAUGAUACCUUUAGGGUUAGUUUCCCCAUCAGUUUGGGGGUCCUUGGCUUGGAAAUCAUCAAAGACAAAUACUAAGAAAUCCAGCAUUGUGAUGGCAAUAGCCUACAUUCUCAUCAGUACAAACCAAUGUACUAUUUUGAAAAUAUCUGAGGUUAUUGUUUUCAAAGUUACAACUUACUGCUUUAUGUGAUCAUUAUGUUGAAUAAUGCAAACUGAGAUUUUAAGUUCUUGCAAUAUGAAACAACACUUGUUUGGACUAAUAUUUGUAAAUGUUCUGCCCUUAGGUGCAACAUACAGUGUUAACAAGACAAUUAUAAAAGUCCAUGUCAAACAGCCCAUUCAAAGUAAUUCAGACUCACACUGCAGUUUAGUUAAUCUGCACAUUGAUUGUAAAAUUGUAAAUGCAAACCCGUUACAGUCCAAAAAUUAAUUGGAGGUGUGCUGCACAUCAUUGCAGCACUGAAGUAUCUGCAUGUUCUGUCUACUCACAGCAUAUAUGUACAGUACAGUGCAUACAUGACUAUUUACGAAAACUUGCUCCCUCUAAUGGAAAUAACUGUGGUUAAAGUACACUUUAUGUUAAAUCACUGCAAAUGCAAAAGUUAUAUUGUGAUGAGAUGUACUGCUUUUAGCUUUAAAAAACACAAUUUGUUGGUUUAGGAGGGUUUACAAUUCCAAAAUGCUGACUGUUACUACCAUGGCAAAUGGUUCAUUUUAAUUCAGUACGUGUCCAUGCACUAAAUUAGUCCGAUUUCUCAAGUAGUUUGGCUCUAAAUAAGCCUCCAACAGCCCAUGGAAAUACAUUAAUCCGAUCGUGCUUGGUUUUUGAAAAGUCGGACUAAGACACCUAAAUUAUGCGAUUAGAAACCAGAUCUCUCGAGUGAGUGUGUGCAGCCAGAGAGGACCCUUCGUAUCGCGCAUGCACUAGUCUCAACGCGAGGGAUACAACCCGGAAGCAGGUACCAUUCAAUAAAAUGUAGCAACAGUUGUCAUGAAGAGGAUACUUUUUAUUUGCUUCACAAACAUUUUGAAGUGCAUCAAUGGUAAAAAAAAAAAAAAAGAAACAAAGAUUUAUUUAAGAAAGUACCUAUGGAAAUGUAAAAUGUCCGCUUAAUUUGGACUCCUGAAAGAAAUACGAAUAAGAUGAAAGCAGGUAUAUUAAAGUUGAAAAAUAAAGUAUACACAAAACUCUUCACACUGCAUUUGUGCACACCAAACUGAUUAGCAAUAACUCUGUAUUCUGCACAACUGGCAAGAUAGCCCAGGACAUUGCACACCUUAUCUGGAACAGUAUCAACCAUGGCACGGACGGUCUUCAGGAUUUAAAACUCCUAGCUUCCAUCAAUCAACAGACCCUUAUGAAUGAACUCCGAGACAUUCAAAAAUAUUGUUUCCAGGAUUCUUUGUCUGACAAUUCCUUCAAAAAAACUCUUCCGCUGAUCUGGCUUUGCUUCGGACCUGCAUCCGCCCCGAUACAUUCUUGGUAGUAGCGUCUUGUUCGUAGCGCAAUCCAAGAUAAUUCCUUGAUUCUGUCUGCUAUUGAACAUCAACAUACAUUACAUCCAUUACAGACGUAAUAUUUGUAAUCUGUGCCAAUAUUACAACGGACCAUAAUUUUAAAAGAAGUUGCGAAGAUCUGCAGAUGGCUAGUGUGACAUCAAAGGUCAACCGGAAAAUCAAUUCAUUUAAAAGCGCUAAAAUGAAAUAAGCGCCGGUAGGCACAUGGCGUAAGACUAAUAGUCACAUUAGAGGAAGUGCAUGGAUACUUGAACUUCACACGUAGAUGUGAAAAUAUAAAAAAAUUAACUAAUUGAGAAACCAGACUAAUUUAGUGCAUGGAAACGUACUGAGUGAUAUAGACUUCUUGCACCUGACAUAUGUCAAUGGUAUAAAAAUAUGUAAAGUGAACACACUUGACGCAAUAUCACAAUUUUGGAACUACUAACAGGCAAAUACUCAUCCAAUUAAGAUUAUGAUGGAGUAUCUGUUUGAAAAGUAUGUUUUAUUGGCUGCAAUUUGUAGUUAUUUUAAACUGUUGGAACUGAGAAGCAUUCUUCAUACUUUGUCCCCUUAAUUUAUGUAAAUGGUAAGGAUGAGUCAUUGAGUGCUUUCACUCAAGUGGGGAAAGAGGACAUGAGCGCAGAUUAUGACCAAUGACAGGAACAACUAUAUUUUUCACUGGCUUCCUAUCUUCAAAUGAUAAUGACUUGUUUUGCACAGAAGCUCUUUAUCUCAAACUUGGCAUCUUAUGUGAGUGAAGUUUUGGAGGGGUUGAUAAACUUAUAUGAUCUCUAUAAGCUAUUUAACAGUGUGUGUCAAUAUAAAAAUAACUGUGACUGUGUCCGAGUUCUAUAAUUUUACAUGCGUGUUAUGUCCAUGAUAUAUACAGUACAGUAUAUUGUAUAAGUAAUGUUCAAUGUCAGGUCUUUUUUUUUCUUGUUCAGAAAUGAAAAUAUACAUGUUGUCUGCUUCUGUUUUCUUUAAUCUCCAAUGUAAACCCCUCCAACAAGGCAGAGUGGUUCUUCUCUUUUUUACUCUGUUUUCGACUUUGGUUUGCACCGAUGCAUCUUUGCAAAUGUGCUCCCUAUGUGACCUUCUUCCCUGCUUAAUCCCACUUGGUGACGGAGUUAUAUGUUUGUGAAAGAUGGACUCAAGUGAAAACAGAGGGAAGAAACCCGACCAAAGCCCACAAGUGUGCUGCCAACACCAGCACUGACCUUUGUGGGCUGGUGUUAUUGUCACGCACGUCUUCCAAAAAGCUCCGCAGAAAUUCCUCUUUUUCUCUAUUUCCUACUCUUCUGGACUCCGGGUUUCUCUGUCUCAAGCCAAUAUUCUUGUCUUCCAAAAAAUGGACACUUUGAGAGAAAGAGGAGAACAGAUUUUUAAGCCAUAAAUGAAAAUGGGCAUUGGCAUUGAUUGGCCAAAGAGGGAAGGCCUGAAUUUGCAGACGCCUUCGGAUUCAGACACACAUUAGACUCCAAAAGAGCCAAAUGAAGCAGCGGAAUCUGUCUUUUUUAUAUAUACAAUUGCAGUACAAGCAGGAUUGAAAACCAGCAAUACGUAACAGGAACUUGUCACCGGUUAUACUCAAGGACCUGAAAAUAUCAACUGUGGUUUAAAUGGCAAUGGAUUGCAAAAUAUAUCCAUGGUCUGCAAUAAUACCUUGUAUUUGUCCAGAAUGAAAAAGUGAUUUUUCUUUUUUUUGCCAACUAUUUCACUGUGGUUUGACUCAAACGGGAUGACUCCCUCUGGACAAAAGCCCUGGAUUUACCCUCUUGAAUCACCUGAUUUUCCAUCAAACCUGUAUACAUUUCUAUAACUUCUGAACUGGAAGGCGGAGUGUACUAUUCUGGCAUAGUAUUGAAUAAAGCAGCAUAUAUUUGUAUGGAUGUACGCAGUGCUGCUAGUGUUGUGUCUUAAGUCUUGUUUUUAGUUUUUCUUCCAGUUUACAAAUACUAAAUGAACAAAAGAAAAUCGGAAGGUAAACCCCACUUUAGAAUUUUGACAAUCCUAACUCUUAGGGCUUGGGUGUACAAAGCACGACCCAAUCAAUCAAACGUUAUUUAUACAACACUUUUCAUGCACAAGCAAGUUGCAACACAAAGUGCUUUACACCAAUAAAAAAAAGAAGAAGAAAACACACAUGCACGCACGCACACACACACACACACACACAACACACACACGCACACACGCACACACACACUCAGCGCUACUGCCAACAACAAAACAUUUCAGUACAGAGGGCUGAGGAAAAAAAGCCAUCUUUGAGGCGUCCACACCGGAAAAUAACUAAAAUUAAUUUGAGUAUCGAUCCAAUAGCAAGUAGUUAGCUAUACCAAUGUUCAUAUUCAAAAUUCAUACUUUAAAUUUUCUAGGUUCAUAAAUGAUUUAAUUUUUUAUCACAACUGUUAUCUGACAACAUCAAUUAAUAUUUAAUUAAUUACAUUAUUCCCUUAUUAUUACAUACAAAAUGUAUAAUGAAGUCAAUAGGGCAAAGUAACUAAACAAAAGCAAAAACUACUAUUGGCUCUUAUUCCGGAGUUUAUAAACAUUUUGUGAUAGUAAAAAUAUCGCUCUAAUUAUUGUAGUGUCGACUAUAUACCGUUACUAUACUUGAUAUCAUUACUGU